UUGGCUUCAAGAAAAGUUUAUACAACUAAAUAACCUCCUCCUCCUCCACCGAGCUUGCAAAUAACCUUAAAAAGUGAUAUGGCUCCGAAUCCAACCACCGUCAAAUUCCUCUGUAGCUACGACGGUAGAAUCACCCCACGUUAUCCCGACGGCAAGCUCCGUUACCAAGGCGGUCAUACACGUGUCCUCUCCGUCCCUCGCUCCAUAUCUUUCACCGAGCUAACGAAAAAGCUUGGUGAGAUUUGCGGGAUUGCAGUAACUAGUCUCCGGUGUCAGUUACCAACGGAUGACCUCGACGCGCUUGUAACCGUAAGUUCCGACGAGGAUCUAAAGAAUCUCAUGGAGGAAUACGAUCUCUCUACAACGACACAUGUUAAGAUCCACGUCUUCCUUUCUCCACUAAAAUCAACGAGGACAACAACGAACUUGUCUCCUCCAACUUCAACGACGUCGUCUUCUUCAUCAAAGUCGUCGAAAUCACGCUCUCGGUCUCCUCCAUCGCCUUCAACUCCGGAAACAUGUCAGAGUUGCGUAGAGAGAUCGAUGCGUAACAAUGGAUCCUACGUUCAUCGAAGUCCAAGUCAAAACCAAUUCUACCUCUUCAAUAAUUGAAACAAUCACUCAACUUUGUGCCAGUAGAAGUCUAGAAUUCUCUGAAUUAUAUUAAACGUGAGGAUCAAUUUCAUUUUAAGAGAUUUGCGGUUCUGUUAGAUUUUUGAAUUUUUCCUUUGUGAAUUGUGAUGGUGUCAUGGUGAUGAAAGAGUGUUUUGGGUUUUUUACCAGUACACAAUUUCUUCUAUGAAUAUCCAAUGAAUAUAAGACACGUGU